GCUUGCUGUCUAACCGCCUUCUUCCCUGGGGCCGCAACGGGGCGCAAAUGGAGACUGUUGUGAUCGUGGCCAUUGGGGUCCUGGCAACUAUCUUCCUGGCUUCGUUUGUGGCCUUGGUCGUGGUCUGCAGGCAACGGUACUGCCGUACCAAGGACUUCUUGAGUCAUUAUGAUACCAAACCCAUCGUUGACCUGAUUGGCACAAUGGAGACCCAGUCGGAACCUUCAGAAUUGGAGCUAGACAACGUGGUGAUAACAAACCCGCAUAUUGAGGCAAUCCUGGAGAAUGAAGACUGGAUUGAAGAUGCUUCGGGCUUGGUUUCCCACUGCAUUGCCAUUCUGAAGAUUUGCCACACCCUCACAGAAAAGCUCGUUGCCAUGACGAUGGGUUCGGGGGCUCGAAUGAAGUCGCCAGCCAGCUUGAGUGACAUCAUCGUGGUAGCCAAGCGGAUCAGCCCCAGGGUAGAUGAUGUUGUCAGAUCCAUGUACCCCCCGCUGGACCCCAAGCUUUUGGAUGCCAGGACAACAGCGCUGCUGCUCUCGGUCAGCCACCUGGUCUUGAUCACCCGCAACGCCUGCCACUCGCCCAGCGGCAUGGACUGGAUCGACCAGUCGCUGUCUGCAGCUGAAGAGCACAUGGGCGUGCUGCGCGAGGCAGCCCUGGCUUCUGAACCGGAGCGCCUGGCGCCUGGCGCGGAGGGAUUCCUCCAAGAGCAGUCGGCCAUUUAA